AUGGCUAAGAAUAUUUUCAACGAUGAACAGAUCAAGGAAAAUUUUGAAAAGAGAGUUUGGUUGUGUCUACCUAAAAUGUCAGAAACAAAGAGUUUUCUUCAACUAAUCCUCGAAUCCUUGACAAAGAGAAAAGUUGAGGUCCAAAGCAGAGAUAUAAUAGUUAAGACGCUACAAGAUGAGCUGGCAGGAAGAAAGUAUUUGAUUGUCCUGGAUGAUUUGUGGCGUGUUGACUCUCCAUUGUGGGAUGAUUUUGUGGACACCUUGCGGGGAAUAAAUACAUCUCGAGGAAACUUCAUUAUCGUGACUACUCGUAUGGAACAGGUGGCGUCCACAGUAACAGCAGUAGGUCCUCAUAGCUUGGAAAAAUUAGCAGCAGAUCAUAGUUGGUCCAUUUUCAAAAAAAGAGCGUUUAUUGAAGGGGAAAUUCCAGAGGAAAUAGUGCGCAUGGAGAACAGGAUUGUGGAAAUGUGUAAAGGUCUACCUUUGGGUGCAAAUGUGUUGGGAGGCCUCUUACGCAACAAGGAAAAACAUGAAUGGCAGGCAAUUCUUGAUGGAAACCCCCUUGUUGCAGGUGAAGAUGAUAACGGAGAAAAUAGCAUAAGAAAAAUUCUAAAACUCAGCUAUGAUUAUCUUCCAUCUCCACAUCUGAAAAACUGUUUUGCUUACUUUGCAAUGUUUCCAAAAGAUUUUGUGUUUGAAAAGGAACAAAUAAUCCAACUCUGGAUGGAAGAAGGCUUUCUCCGUCCAUGUCAAGAGACCACUGUAAUGGAAAACAUUGGGAACAAGUUCUUUCAACUCUUGUUGCGAAAUUCCUUGCUGCAAGAUGUCCAGUUAGAUAAGCGCAACAAUAUAACACACUGUAAGAUGCACGAUCUUGUGCAUGAUUUGGCUAGGGAUGCCUUAAAAUAUAAACUAUUUGAUUUGAGGGGCGAUGGUGGAGAAAAUCUUUCUCAAGUGCGAUAUCUUUUAUGGGACUCACCAAGUGAUCAAAUAGAUAAGAUAAAUGAGCCAGAAUGUUUGUGCACACUGUUUUGGAGAAGCAAUUAUAUAUUGGAAGAUAUGCUGCUGAGUUUAAGUACUUGA